AUACCUAGGAAUUAUGGUUGGGACUUGGGAUCAUAAUAGUAGAUGAAGUUUGCAGAAACAUUAUAGUAGUGACUGAAAAUUGUCAUUUAGCCGAGAAACAAAAGCUGCACAAGUCAAAGAAGAUGGCGCUCGGUGGCAGACUCUCCAUCACUUCCAAAUCAAAAUACAAAACCAUCCCAAUCCAUCUGCUAGCCCAAAAACAACCCAGAAAAUGGACAGAAAACAAGUACUCCCUCUGCUCUUCUCCUUCCUCCUCAUCACCAUCACCUUCAUCUUUCUACUCCUCAAACCAUGGAAGAAAGGAAACCCUUCAAAGGCAAGGCAGCAGCAGCAGCCACUUCUUCCCCCGGGACCAAGAAAGCUUCCAGUCAUCGGAAACCUGCACCAACUAUCCAGCUCCAAGUUGCUCCCACACCGCCGGCUGCAGGAACUGGCCGAAGCACACGGCCCUCUGAUGCACCUCCAGCUCGGCCAACUCCAAACCAUCAUCGUUUCCUCGGCGGAGGUGGCUAAACAGGUCAUGAAGACCCACGACGUCACCUUUUCCAACCGAUCGUUCCUCCUCGCAGCUGAAAUCAUCUCCCACAACCGCAACCUCGUGUUCGCGCCUUACGGUGAGUACUGGCGACAGCUCAGGAAGGUUAGUGUGCUGGAGCUUCUUAGCGCCAAGAGAGUUGCCUCUUUUCGCCCCAUCAGGGAACAAGAAGUGGCCCGGUUGGUGAGUGACAUUUGCUGUAGACAAGGUUCGGCGAUCAAUGUUAGCAGGAUGAUUAUCUCCCUGACGUAUAGGAUCAUAUCAAGGGCUGCAUUUGGGAAAGUGUACGAGGCUGGGUCGUCGUUCGUACCGGUGGUCAUGGAGAUCGUUGAGGUUGGGAGUGGGUUUGGUGUUGCUGAUGCGUUCCCAUCUUUCAGAUUCCUUCAGAGGGUCACUGGGGUUAGAUCCAGAAUGCAGAAAUUGGAGCGAGAAUCUGACCGGAUACUCAGUUGCAUAAUCGAUGAACAUAUAGCAGCAGCAGCAGCAAAAGCAGGGGAAGGUGAAAAGGAAGAAGGAGUAGAUGAUCUUGUGGAUGUUAUGUUGAAGCUUCAAAAAAAUGAAGACCUUGGUUUCACAUUAACAACUGAGAGUGUCAAAUCAGUACUCCUGGACAUGAUCAUUGCAGGAAGCGAGACUUCAUCCACAGCACUGGAAUGGACGAUGUCAGAACUGAUUAGAGACGAACGAGUGAUGAAGAUGGCACAAGAAGAGGUUAGGGCAGUGUUUGCGGAGAGAAGGAAAGUCGAGGAAACAGGGAUUGACGAAUUGAAUUACCUGAAGAUGGUUAUCAGAGAAAGCCUGAGGCUGCACCCUCCUCUGCCUCUGCUUAUCCCACGGGAGUCCCUGGAGCAAUGCGAGAUGGAAGGGUAUCGAAUCCCAGAGAAGACGAAGGUGAUAGUGAAUGCAUGGGCUAUUGGGAGGGAUCCAAAGUACUGGAGUGAACCUGAAAGAUUUUACCCAGAGAGGUUCAUGGACAGCAACAGUGUUGAUUACAAGGGGAAUGAUUUCGAGUUCAUCCCGUUUGGUGCUGGAAGAAGGAUCUGUCCUGGAAUAUUAUUCGGCGUAUCUAGCGUUGAGACUGCAGUUGCUAAUUUGCUGUUCCACUUUGAUUGGAGGCUUCCUGAAGGGAUGAAACCUGAAAGUCUGGACAUGAGUGAACAACUUGGAGCCACGGCAAGAAGGAAAAAUGAUCUGCACUUGAUUCCAAUAGUUUGGCAGGCAUGAUCCCUUUUCUGCAGCAGAUAAUCAGAAAUGAUUAAACAUGAUUAUGGUAGCAAGAUCGUUCAUCUAGGAAAUAAGAAUCAGCUCAAGCAGCAAUAUAAGCUGAUGGUGAAUGAUGCUAUGAGGCAUGCUAUCCUACUGUAUCAGCUGAACGCCUGAACCUUUCUCUGUCUUUUUUUAUUUUUUGUUUAAAUAAAACUAGUUGACCAAUAAAUGAAGAGAAAAUUGCAGCAAUAAGAAUGAGAGUCUAAGUUUUCCCAUGGG